AGGGAAUGCGGCUUUGUUUUCCUUCUGCUGACUGACAGCCAACGUCAGCUAGCUACGCUAGUUAGCUAACAAAGUUGUUCAUUAACUUUCGUUGAUAUUAAAAGUGCACGAGGACAACUGGAAAUGGAGAGAGACUCAGUGUUCCACAAUGACCGUCUGGGAGCACCACGUAACCCACUACUGGACCAGCUCCCCAGCUACCAGUCUCUGCUGUACCGCAGAAAGCCCUCCGCCUCGGGCAGUAACAAGCGCCGUGGCAGCUCACGGACCAGGCUGGGCUCCUCCAGCAGUGGGAAAUGGGGACAGACCACAUUGGCCAGACAGCAUGAGGAGAAACUCAGGACUCAGACCCUACAGAGACCAGUCAGGGAACUGCCCAAACCUAUGGCGGAGAAACGCAGAGACAAGGACCAGCGUUUGGAGCAGGCCAAGGAUCUGAGCAGUUGGAGCCAGUGGAAACAGAGCACCAGACGGACCCUGAGGAGGCUGAAGGAGGAUGGGUUUGAGAUGCUCAGCAACCUGGAGCUCUGGAGGGGAGACAUCCAUGUCAUUGAGGGGAUGUUUGGCACGGGGAUCCUGUCCUACUUCUCCUUCCUGCGUUUCCUGGUGCUGCUCAACUUCAUCAUGUUCCUGCUCAUGUUCGGCUUCGUCAUGCUGCCCAUCAUCACCGCCCCCCAUGCCUCAGGGAACACCACCUUCAACCACGUAGAUGGCUUCGAGUGCAGUAACUACCCCAGCACCUCUCGCCGUGGCCUGGUGGUUUUCCACCAGCACAUCACAGACCUCCUCUCAGGGGCGGGCUUUCUGGAGCAGACCUACCUCUUCUAUGGUUACUACAAAGUAGAGACCAUUCACUUCCCUAAGUUCACCUACAACCUGCCUCUGGCCUACCUGCUGGUCACCAUAGCCUACCUCUUCCUCAGUCUCAUAUGGAUAGUCAAAAGGUCUGCGACUGGCUUCAAGCGUAAACUGGUGCAGGACGAGGAUCGCUUCCAGAGCUUCUGCAACAAGAUCUUUGCCGGCUGGGACUUCUGUAUCGUCAACGACAGCGCAGCCAGGCUCAAGAGGAGCAGUCUCCUUUAUGAACUGAAGACUGAUCUGGAAGAGGAGCGCAUCAAGCAGAAGAUAGCAGACAGGACACGGAAGGAGAAGUGUAGGAUCUACGUGAUCCGACUGAUCCUGAAUCUGUUUGUGAUCGCUGUACUGGCUGCCUGCUUCUACUCCAUAUACAUAGCCACCAACUUCUCCCAGAAAGCACAGAUGACCAAGGUGAACUUCAUCCUGGACCUGAUCUAUGAGUAUCUGCCUUCCAUCGUCAUCACCCUGGCCAACUUCAUCACCCCCCUCAUCUUCUCCCUCAUCAUCCAGUUUGAAGACUACUCCCCCGCCUUUGAGAUCCGCUUCACUCUCAUGAGGUGUGUGUUCAUGCGCCUGACCAGUAUCUGUGUGCUUCUCGUCUCCCUCUGGGGUCAGAUCACCUCUUGCCAGGAAGGCAACUGUGUCUGCGGGUACAACCAUAUCCUCUACCCGUGUUGGGAGUCUCGCGUGGGCCAGGAGAUGUACAAACUCAUGAUCUUUGAUUUCAUUAUCAUUGGUGCCGUCACUGUCUUUGUGGAGUUCCCUAGGAAACUCAUAGUGGACUACUGUGACUGCGGCCUAGCCAAGUGGUGGGGCCAGCAGGAGUUUGCCAUCCCCCAGAACGUCCUGGAGAUUGUGUAUGGCCAGACCAUCUGCUGGAUCGGGACGUUCUACUGCCCCCUGCUGCCCGCCAUCUGCACCAUCAAGUACUUCAUCAUCUUCUACAUCAAAAAGGUGACCCUGGUGAAUAACUGCCGCCCGGCCACCCGUCCGUUCCGAGCCUCCAGCUCCAACUUCUUCUUCCUGGCUGUGCUGCUGAUUGGCCUGGCACUGGCUUGUGUACCUGUCACCAUUGGCAUUGCACAGAUCAGCUGUUCCCAGGCCUGUGGUCCCUUCGUUAACUACACCACAUCCUGGGAGGUGCUCCCCCGGACGGUGUCCCAGCUGCCUGCAGGAGCACGCACGUUCCUCCUGGCCAUCUCCUCUGAGGCCUUCGCCGUCUCCCUCUUUGUCAUCACAUGCCUGGCCAUGUUUUAUGUCAUUGCUCUAGCUGGAGCACACAAGCGAGUGAUCAACCAACUGAGGGAACAGCUAGUCAUGGAUGGGCGAGACAAGCGUUUCCUGAUCCAGAAGCUGUGUCAGGCCCAGAGGACCUGUGCUAUUAUAUCCACAGGUGCUGGUUCCCAGUCCCACUCCUCAGACAGAGUCAGUCCCAGCUACCGCUCCAACUCUGGGGUCUUCCUGAUCCAGCCACCCCCGGACUCUGCUACUCAUGUCCUGCUGCUCCUUCAACAGCGCAGCGUACGGAACCGGAGGCAGCGUGCACUGUCAAUUCAGUUGUCCAGAAAAAUCUUGUGGCGAAAACGCGGAAUAACGGAACCGGCAGACAUGGCAGUGUUCUGGAUAUUAUUUGGAAUCAUCUGCUGCCAGUUUAUUACAGUGUCAGCUGAUGACAUUGUGGUGGCCUGCGGAGGGUUCGUGAAAUCCGACGUUGAAAUCAACUACUCGCUGAUCGAGAUUAAAGUGUACACCAAACAAGGGUCUUUGAAAUAUCAGACGGACUGUGCUCCCAUCAAUGGAUACUUUAUGAUUCCCCUCUAUGACAAGGGAGACUUUGUGUUGAAGAUUGAGCCUCCUCUUGGGUGGAGCUUUGAGCCCACCAGUGUGGACCUCUAUGUGGACGGGGUCAAUGAUAUCUGCACCAAGGAGCAGGACAUCAACUUUGUCUUCACUGGCUUCUCUGUCUCUGGAACGGUGCUAAGUAAAGGCCAACUCCUGGGCCCAGCUGGGGUGGAGAUCAGCCUGACCAGGGAGGGAACAGGAGAAAAGCUGCAGACUGUGCUCACUCAGCCUGGAGGAAAGUACACAUUCUCCAAAGUACUUCCUGGAAGUUAUGACAUCAUUGCUUCUCAUCCGUCCUGGACCUUGGAGCAGAGCGCUACGUCAGUGCGUGUGUCCAGUGCCAAUGCAGUGGCUGCAGAACAUCUGGUGGUGGGAGGGUAUGAUGUCUCUGGGGAGGUCCGGAGUGAUGGGGAGCCCAUGAAAAAAGUCACCUUCCUCCUCUACUCUGCCAUAGUGAAGGAGGACAUCAGUGGCUGUGACACAGCCCCAGUGGAUGGAGCCGAGUCUGGAGAUGACUCCCUGGUCUACCUGUGUAGCGCCCUGUCCCGAGACGACGGCAUCUUCUCCUUCCCCUCACUGGCCAGCGGAGAUUACACUGUGAUUCCCUUCUACAGGGGAGAGAGGAUCACAUUUGACGUGGCGCCUUCCAGAAUGGACUUCAGGGUGGAGCACAACAGCUUGAAGCUGGAGCCCAUCUUCCGUGUCAUGGGUUUCUCUGUGACCGGCAGGGUUCUCAACAGCCUGGAGGGGGACGGGGUACCUGACGCCACGGUAACCCUCAACAACCAGAUCAAAGUUCUGACCAAAGAGGACGGCUCCUACCGCCUGGAGAAUAUGACCACCGGUACCUACACCCUCCGCACGCACAAGGACCUCAUGUUUUUUGAGCCAAUCACGGUGAAGAUAGCUCCCAACACGCCUCAACUCCCUGACAUCAUCACUGCUGGGUUCAGCGUGUGUGGUCAGAUCGCAAUCACCCGUCUGCCAGAGGGCCUGAAGCAGCAGGGGCGUUACAAGGUGACCCUCACUCCCCGGGGACAGGACAACACCGCCACCCGCACCACCGACUCAGACCAGCAGGGGGCCUUCUGCUUCCAUGCCAAACCUGGAGACUACAGUGUUACUGUGUCUCUUCCUGAGGCGGAGGUAAAGGCUGGCCUGGCCCUGCAGCCUGCUGCUCUGGAGGUCUCCCUGGUGGACAGGCCCCUCUCCGACCUCCUCUUCACCCAGUUCAUGGCCUCCGUCUCGGGCAGGGUCUACUGUCUGGCGAACUGUGAUGACCUGUCGGUGACCCUGCAGCCGGUGAGUCGUCAGGGGGAGAGGAGGAGCAUGCUCCUCUCGGGGAGCGGUGACACCUUGGAAAUCUCCUUCGACAACGUUCUGCCUGGCAAAUACAAAGUGAGUAUCUCCCAUGAGGAGUGGUGCUGGAAGCUCAAGUCAGUGGAGGUGGAGGUGCUGGACUCUGACGUGCUGGGAGUAGAGCUCAGACAGAUAGGCUACAUCCUCCGCUGCUCCCUGUCCCACGCCAUCACCCUGGAGUUCUUUCAGGACGGCAGCAAGCCUGAGAACGUUGGCGUCUAUAACCUCUCCAAGGGGGUCAACCGCUUCUGUCUCUCCAAGCCUGGUGUGUACAAAGUGACUCCUCGAUCUUGCCACCAAUUCGAACAGGACUAUUAUACCUACGACACGUCUGCCCCCACUAUCCUGACCCUGACUGCAGUGAGACAUCACAUGACUGGCCUAAUCACCACUGAUAAGAUCCUAGAUGUCACGGUCACCAUCAAAUCCUCCAUAGAGUCUGAGCCAGCUCUGGUCCUAGGCCCUCUGAGAAGCCUGGAGGAGCAGAGACAGGAGCAGCAGCUGCAGGAGAUCGAGCUGCGGCGCCAGGAGAGGGAGAGACGCGCCCAAGAGGCUGAGGAUGGAGGUGACAGCCAGCCCCCCAUCCAAGAGAGAGCUGAUGAGCUCACCAGCCCCUUUCACUACGAAUUUUCUUACUGGGCCAGGGCUGGGGAGAGGAUCACUGUGACUCCCUCCUCCAAGGAGCUUCUCUUCUAUCCGCCGGAGAUUGAGGCUACUAUCACUGGAGAGUCUUGUCCAGGGCGUGUGGUAGACAUCGCGGGGCGCGCUGGUCUGUUCCUGGAGGGCCAAGUGACGCCAGAGCUGCAGGGGGUGGAGAUCUCCAUCACCGAGAGAGGAGCCAAGGCCCCCCUCGUCACCGUCGCCACCAACGAGAACGGGGCUUACAGUGUUGGUCCCCUGCACAGUGACCGUCACUAUGACGUCAGUGCCAGUAAGGAGGGCUUCAUCCUCAGCACUGUAGAGGGAACCCAGGGAGACUUCAAGGCCUUCGCCCUGGCUGGAGUCACCUUCAAGAUCAAGUCAGAGGAUGGUCACUCUCUGUCUGGAGUCCUGCUGUCUCUCAGUGGAGGAUCGUUCAGAUCCAACCUGCUCACCCAGGACACUGGUGUCCUCACCUUCAACAACUUGAGCCCAGGCCAGUACUACUUCAAGCCCAUGAUGAAGGAGUUCAGGUUUGAGCCAGCCUCUCAGAUGAUCACCGUCGAGGAGGGACAGAACCUCAGCAUCGACAUCACCGGAUUCAAAACCGCAUACAGCUGCUACGGGGCAGUUCAGUCCCUGAGUGGAGAUGCUGAGAGGGAUGUGUCAGUGGAGGCAGUGGGACAGGCAGAGUGUAGUAUCUACAGCGAGGACACAGUCACUGACGAGGAGGGACGCUUCAGGCUCAGGGGCCUGCUGCCUGGCUGUAGAUACCUGAUCCAGCUGAGAGCUCAGGGCAACGACCACAUCGAAAGAGCCCUGCCUCAGCACCGCUCCAUAGAGGUUGGGAGCACCGACAUCGUGGGAGUCAACAUCAUCGCCUUCAGGCAGAUCAACCAGUUUGACCUGAGUGGGAACAUCAUCACCUCAUCAGAACACCUGCCCACCCUCUCUGUGAAGCUGUAUAAGAGUGACAACCUUGACAACCCCAUCAACAGUGUGUCUUUGGGACAGUCCCUCUUCUUUCACUUCCCGCCUCUGGACAGGGAUGGAGAGACCUAUGUGUUGAUGCUGCACUCCACACUGUCUCGCUCCCAGUACGACUUCUCUCUGCCCCAAGUCUCCUUCACCUCUACAGGCUACCAUAAGCACAUCACUUUGACCUUCAACCCCAAUCGUAAAGUUCCUGACCAGGACGUAGCCCAGGGCUCCUACAUAGCUCUACCCCUCACUCUACUGCUCCUGCUGGCAGCCUACAACCAUGAGAAGGUGAUCCCCCUGCUGCUGCAGCUGGUGAGCCGUCUGCAGGGGGUGCGUAGCCUGAGCCAGGCCGGUGGGGACAACGCUGCCCUGGACGAGGCCAAACGCCAGGCCAAGAGACAGAAGACCCGACGCACAUGAUCCACAGACCUAACAUCUAGCAUGUAAACUACCCCAACAGGAACCACAGACUUGUGUCUGAAAUGCCACCUUGUUCCAUGUAUAGUGCACUACUUUUGACCAGAACCCUAUGAGAGUAGUGCACUAUGUAGGGGAUAGGGCCAUUUCAUUCGCAGCCAUACUGUACAAUAGCAUACUUUACCGUACAAUACCCAUAGCCAACCAGGCUCUGCAUGGGUUCUAUGGAAGACUGGCUGUGUAGUUCUGUGGGACUCCUUUGUUUUAUAGAACACUCACUCAUCAGAAAUAUUAAGAAGAAUCCAUUUUGUCUAUGUAUAUGAGCCAUUGGUGCUUUUCUUUAUUUUAUUUUUUACAUUUGUAAUGAAUGAAUUGUCAAUUGAGAGAAAAAAACAACUAUGGAGGUCUUAAGGGAGGUGGUUACGUCAAUGUGGGUUUCAUGGGGAUUUUGGGAUUCAGGGUCACGCUUUGUGGUAACGAUGCAUCAUGAAAGCUUUAUAACUCGUUAUAAAAGUGACAAACUGUUCAUGACAAGUAAUUUACUAUGACGUGUAAUGGCAUUCAUUUUAAUCACAUCCAAUUCAGCCAACUGUUCAAGUCACUGCAAGUCACUGUCAUAAGGAGGGCCAGGAGUUUUUUUUCCGUGACCACAUGACCUGACCAGAUGUUGGACUAUAAAUGGUUCCUGGUCUGAAUAAACUCCUGGCUCUAGUAUGGAAUGGUUUGUCAUAAUGGUCAUGAAUUGUUAUGUCAUGUUUCUAUAAUGGGUUCGACAGGCUGUGAUGGAUUGAAUGUGUUGGUGUGUCAGUUUGCUCAGGGAGAGUGGGUGGGUUGAGGGUGGGGGGGUUUGAAAGGGUUAGGGUUAAUCAUUACAGUAACAAGAUAAGAAAUUAAGAUUUCGGGUAGGGAGCUGUAGGGGUAUAACUUUUUGUUAGUGAUAAUUAUUAAUUUAUUAACAUUUUAUUUGUCUGAUGUGAAUGAUGAGCAGUUUGGUAGCAAAUUUAUUUUAUGGUGUGUUUGUGUUUUUGAGAAAAUAAACAGAUUUCAUGGUAUGCAAGCUAUCUGAAGGCAACGGCAACCAGUGUAAAUGUAUCAGACAAGUAUCUAUUACGUACGAGGAGAUAUUUCCUCAACGAAUUCCGGGACGAAUCCUAACUUUCACUUUAAAAGUCAAAUCUUUACAGGUUUUCCCCAUUGACAUCAAUGCAUGACUAAGUGAAAAUUCACUUGUAAGUUAGGAUUUGCAGUACAAUGUUUGUCUUGACCUCACGUUGCCUUAAGCUAAAAUAAAAUAUGUGAUCAUAAAUAAUUACUGAAGAAAAUGUCAUUGGUUCAUCCAAGUUUCUACUCGUGGUAAUAUUAAUGCUGAAUGUGAAAUGGAACCACCCGAACCAAUCUCUUUUUGUACAUGGUAUGCUAUUCUCCUGUUCUUCUUAGUUAUGGCCAAUUUUAAAGAAAAAGAUGAACAGGCCAAUGGCUAUUUACUGAGUUGAAACAUAUUCCAAUUAGGUUAUGGUUGCCGGAGAGAGUCGGUUUGAAGAGACUGAUCUGUGUGAAAUGAAUGAUAAAUAAAAUCUUGGGAAAAUGUG